GGCAGGACAGUUAAUAAGGUUCCGGGGCCUGGCGGGUUUUAAGAUUUUGUAGCAGGACUUCCGCUACUCUCCAGUGUUCCAGGGAGCGUCGGGAGCCGUCCCGCUUCAGUUGUUGACGGUUGAUGGUAGUUCCCGAGUCACAGUGGCUCAGGCGACCCAGGAAAGGUGCCCUGGCAGAGACCCACAGAAGAGGACCUAAAACUAUUUCAAAGAAGAAUGGAGGAAAAUCUAAUGCUUGCUACAGUGGAAGACACUGUGGAGUACCACCUGUUCUUGAUACCAGAUAAAUCAAAGGACCCAGAAAAACCCAGAGAGAUUCUUGAGAAGUAUAUUGAAAAAAUAAUGACCCAGUUUGCACCAAUGCUGGCUCCAUAUAUCUGGCAGAAUCAACCUUUUAAUCUCAAAUAUAAACCUGGCAAAGGAGGCGUUCCUGCUCAUAUAUAUGGCAUGACAAAGUUUGGGGACAAUAUUGAAGAUGAAUGGUUUAUUGUUUAUUUAAUAAAACAGAUUACAAAGGAAUUUCCAGAGUUAGUAGCCAGAAUUGAAGAUAAUGAUGGUGAAUUCUUAUUAAUAGAAGCUGCUGACUUUCUCCCUAAAUGGUUAGAUCCUGAUAAUAGUGCCAACAGGGUUUUUUUCCAUCAUGGGGAAUUGUGCAUUAUUCCUGUACCAAGGAAAUCUGAAACAGUAUCCUGGUUACCUGCCAUUCCUCCAACAAUCCCCCAAGCAUUAAAUAUAAUCUCAGCUCACCCAGAAAAAGUUUUAGCUUCAGAAUCCAUACGAGCUGCUAUUAAUAGGCGCAUCAGAGGGUACCCAGAAAAAAUCCAGGCCUUGCUGCACCGAGCGCACUGCUUCCUUCCAGCUGGCAUUGCAGUGGUACUAAAGCAGCGGCCCAGACUGGUGGCUGCUGCUGUGCAGGCUUUUUACCUGCGGGACCCUGUCGACCUGCGAGCCUGUCGUGUCUUCAAGACGUUCUUGCCGGAAACACGAAUAAUGACAUCAGUUACUUUCACUAAAUGUCUCUACGCACAGUUGGCACAACAGAGGUUUGUGCCAGACCGGCGGAGUGGAUACAGACUGCCACCUCCAUCUCAUCCCCAAUACCGAGCCCAUGAACUGGGCAUGAAGCUGGCUCAUGGAUUUGAGAUCUUAUGCUCCAAAUGUAGCCCACAUUUUUUGGAGACCAAGAAGUCCUGUGUAACUACGUCACCACUAUGGACUAGCUUCCUUGAAAGUCUGAAAAAGAAUGAUUACUUUAAGGAACUCAUAGAAGGUUCUUCUCAAUACCAAGAAAGGCUAGAAAUGGCAAAGAAUUACUUCCAACUCUCAAUAAACCGGCCAGAAAGUUCACUUGCUAUGAGCCCAGGUGAAGAAAUCUUGACCAUAUUACAGACAGUACCAUUUGAUAUAGAAGAGCUUAAGAAAGAAGAAGCUACCCUUCCCCCAGAGGAUGAUGACCAGUGGUUAGAGCUUUCACCAGAUCAGCUGGAUCAGCUACUGCAGGAAGCUGCUGGCACAAAAGAAUCACAACCUAUUUCCAAGAAGGAAGAGGAGCAGAACUACGACUUAACUCAAGUCACAGACAGCAUGAAAGCUUUCAUAUCCAAGGUCUCAACCCACAAGGGAGCAGAGCUGCCUCGAGAACCUUCUGAGGCUCCAAUCACUUUUGAUACAGAUACCUUUCUUAAUUAUUUUGAUAAAAUUUUAGGGCCAAAGACUCAGGAGUCAGACCCUGAUGAUCUGGAUGAGGAAGACUUUGAGGAUUUAGACAGUGAUGAUGACUUGGACCUUGAGACUCAGGAACCUGAUGAAGAAGCUUCCCUGAAAGGAACUCUAGAUAGUUUGAAGACAUACAUGGCCCAGAUGGACCAGGAACUGGCACACACCAGCAUUGGCCAAAGUUUUACCACUAGGAAGCAAGUGGUAUACACGAGGUUCUGAAUCAGCAGGAUAGGGUCAAGCUGCAGGACAGCCUCUGAGAAGAGAGAUCUGUACGUUCUAUGGUAAGAAAAUACCACACCACAGUGUUCCCCUAGUGUAAUUCUGAAUAUGUAAUUUUCCCCUGAAGUAUAUUUAUCUACUGUUCAAAAUCCUAAGUUGGCAAAAUUCCAGUUUAUUCACUUUUUUUCUAAACUUUUUAAAUGAAGCAUAAAAUAUACAAAUCUUAAGUAUACAGUCUAUAUGGUAAAGAACUUACUUCUUAAACAGUAGGUCUACUGAUACAUAAUCACAUACCAAAAAGUUUUCUUUAAAGCCUACAGUGCUGGAGCUUUUAGUAUAUUUACAAAAUUAUGCAGCCAUCACCACUGUCUUGCUUCCACAAUAUUCUCAUCACGCAACAGAGAAACCUGUACCCACUAAUGAUUACUCAUCAUUCUGUUCUUCUCAGUCCCUCAAAACCAUUAACCUACUUUCUGUCUUUAUGGACUUGCCUAUUUCGAUAUUUCAUUCAUUGAUAUUACUUUAAAUUGAAAUUUGAUAUUAAUAUAAUACCUGUUACUAGGAAAAAUGGUUAUUUAAUAUGAUUCUCAUUUCUUCCUAAAAUGAAUAAAAUCUUACCUAUAAACAGCAAAAAGAUGACCUUACUAUGAAAGUAAAAACAGUGACAUACAGUUAUCACUCAAGACCCAUGGGGAUUCAUUUGAAAGCCUACCCCCUUUAUCGAAAUCCACAGAUUCUCAAGUCCUUUAUACAUAAUGGCAUAGUAAAAUUAAAACCACACUGACAUUUCUCCUUACCCAUAAAGAAUGACUACUGUCAAGAAGUCAAACAGUAACAAAUGCUGGAGGGGCUGUGGGGAAAGGAGCCAUUCUGCAUUGUUGGUGGGAGCAUAGGCUGGUACAACCACUGUGGAAAUCAGUGUGGAGAUUCCUCAAAAACUAGGAUUAGAGGUUCCGUUUGACCCAGCUAUUCUUCUGGAUAUUUUUCCAAAAGAAUUAAAAGACUGGGGAUUCAACUCUGCGGCACAAGUACCUGCCUGCCAAGUGUGAGGUUAAUUUGAUCCCUGGUACCAAAAAAAAAAAAAAAAAAAAAAGAACUCAAAGCUUUAUACCACAGGGAUAUAUGCAUACCCAUGUUUAUAUUGGCAAAGUUUAUAAUAGCUAAAUUUUGGAAACAACCCAAAUGCUCAUCAGUUGAUUAAUGGAUAAAAAAGAUGUGUUUUUGAUAUACCGUGGAGUACUACUCUGCCACAAAGAAGGAUGAACUUGAGACGUUUAUAGCUAAAUAAAUGGAUUGAGACCAUACUUUUUUUUUUUUUAAGAGCAGAAUAUAUUUAUUGAGAGAAAGAAAGCUUCCCUCUGGGAGAGACAGAAGGGGUCCCAAGUGGGUUGCCAAAGACUCUGAUGAGAUCAUACUCUGAAGUGAAAUAAAUUGGACACACAUGUAUAAAUAUUACAUUGUCUCUGGUGUGAAAAUUGAAAGUGUAAAUAAACCAAAAUGUGUAACGGAAAUUGUGAAAUAGGAAGAAAUUGUUCAAAAAGGAUUUAGGGAGGGGAGAGGGAAAAAGGAAGGAAGGGAAAAGAAAAAUAAAAAAAAGGAUAAAAAUGGAAACAGCUUUGUAGAUCAGGAGGGGAAGAGGGAUUAAAGAGGGGAAGGGAACGGGGAAAAAGGAAACAAGAUAUCAUGUACAGGUACAAAUUCCCUGUGAUGAAUGUGAUCACUAUGUAUAUCUCAAUUGUACUAAUAACUAAAUUUUAAAAAUAAAUAGGGGCCAAGGAAUUAGCUCAGUGGCACACCUGACAAACAUGAGGUCCUGAGUGUGGUUGCUGGUACUCGUCCCAAAGUCAAAUAAAAAUAAAUGACAUAAUAUUUGUAUGUAAUCUAUGCACAUCUUCUGUAUUUCAUCUCUGGAUUAUUAUAUUAAUGCAAUGUGUGUAAUAUGUAAAUAAUGGUUAUCCUGUAAUAAUUACAAGAAAAUACGUAUGUGGUAUUUUCCCCAAGUACUUUCAGUCUACAGUAGAAUCCAAAAAUGCAGAGCCGACAGAUACAGUAAAGCCCGCCACAGCCAAGGGGAGAACCAGAAGGGGGUGGCAGCAUCCUGUUGGGGUCCGCUGUCACACACUAAUCCCAUAUUCCUGCCAGCCCUCUUACUUUCAGAGUGAUGUUUACUGAGAUGAGUCGAGGAACAGGAACAGUGGUGCACACUGAGUUAAGAACGCAUUGGGUGGAAAUGUUUCUUUUUAUUGCAUAAGGCAAUAAAUAGUUUAAAUGUUAAAA